CGGGGCCCAGGCCAGGAGGAGCCUGCAACCAAGGUAUGUGCCCUUGACCUGACCAGAAUCGAACCCAGGACCCUUUGGUUCACAGGCCAGCACUCUAUCCACUGAGCCAAAUCGGCUAGGGCUCCCAUGACCUUUGAUGUUCCCGGUUACUCCCAUGAGGCAUGUGGUCCUCACUUCUCUGUCCCCAGGGCCCCACUGGGCAUGCAUAUCUUGGGUCCCCUUGGUCCCUCAGAGCCCCUGGCCUGAUGCCCUUGGCUGUGUUGAUGGUUGGGUAUGAUGUAGGAGCCCCUCCUGGAACUUGUCUCCUGUUGUCUCAUGGUCACCUGGGCUGAGGUUUGGGGGGGAGGCAGCAAAGGCAGGCCCUUCCACACCAUUGCAAGGCCCGUGCUCUUAACCUGGCUCUUCACUGCAGGUGGGUUCUGGUCCCCACCUGCGGUGACAUUUACAAGUUCUGCUCUCCCUUCCUGUUGUGCACUCUGGGCAGUUGCCCUUGAGGAAUGGGGGGUUGGACUCCCCUCCUGGAGGGUACAGUGGCUGCAAAAUCUAUUUAGAAUUUCCUUUUCCCCAUUUAGUUAUUUAUUCAAUAAUUUGUAUCAGUAGGGACUCGUUUAUUUUAUACCUUGGUAUUGCUACUUUAUCCACUCUAUUGCCCAAAUUGAUCUGGUUUCGGACACCCAUGGGGAGCUCCUUCCAUGAAUUACUGUACUGCUUUGCCAUACCCUUCCGCAGUGUGUGUGUGUGUGGUGGGGGUGGGGGUGGGGGGCUCGUGCUAGCACUUCCUUACUCUGGCACCACCAGAUGCUCCAGGCGAACUUCCUAAAGUGCUGGGACUGGUCCUCUGGAUCCAUGUGCCAGGUCAGGAGGCAGCAUCAGCUGAAGGUGUGGAUUUGAGGACUCCUGUGCAUGUCACUAAGACCAGGGCAGGGGUCUUCCAGGCUAGACCUGAGCAAUGCCAGCCCCCAACUGUGGAAUGUGUGACAGGGGUCCUGCACACACAUGUAUGAGCACAUGGACGUGCACCUGGUCUGAAGAGCCAGAGCCUCUGGCCCUGCCCGAAGGCUGUCUGAGACCCCACAGCACAGAGGCUCACUCCUCCCCCUCCGACUGCUCAGGAUGGCCCUUCAACUGACCACUCUCAUCUGCCCUCUUCUCUGUACACCAGGUCUCUGUGGCCCUGCCUGCAUCAUCCCUUACCCCCCGGGGCAGGGUCUGACCUGUGCCAAGCUAGAGCUGGUCUCAAGCUCCCCCUGCCACAUCUCAUGAGUUGGUCAUGGGUGUGAGGGGAGUAUUUCCACCACAGGGAUUGCCAAAUGAGACAUAAAGGGUUUCCCCAGAGAACCAGUUGUGAAUACUGAUCCCCAAAGCACAAGUCAAGUCUGUCUGCACCCUGAGACUCCCCCCAUGUCUUGGGAGAGAGGAAAGAAGUGGGGGCUGUUCUGCCACCCCUUUCUGGUUCCUGGGCAGUGGUGUGGGCCUUAGCCUCCUGUGAGGUGUCAGGUCAGGGUGGAACAGGUCCUGGAAGAGCAGAGGUUGUCAUGAAUAACAGCCAGUCUCAGGCCUGAGGGGUCCUCUGUGAGUCCCUGCCUGAGGCAGAGUGAGGGAGAAGGUGGCCCUGAAGGGACUGGCCUGCAAUGAGUCUGCACACGCACGAGUGUAUGUGCACAUGGGAGUGUGCAUAUCUGCAUACACAUGUGUCUGAGUAUUUGUAUGUGUGUGGUGACUGUGUGCACGAGUGUUUAAGUGUGUGCACACUUGAGUGUGCAUAUCUGUGAGUUCAUUGUACACCUGUAUGCACGUGUCUGAGUGUUUGAAUGUGCGUACACGGGGUAUUUUUUUAUAUGUGUACUCAUGUGAGAGUGCAUGUUGUCUGUGAGGAUAGUUGUACACCUGUAUGCAUGUGUGUGUCUGAGUGAACAUGAGUGUGUGUCUGUGUUUGCAUUGCAUUAUGUGUAGCUCUGAGGUGGGCCGUGCACACAGAUGUAAGGAAGUGGGGUCAUUUCCCCAGGAACCCUGACUACCCCCUCUUCCUCCCCACCUCCCGCCAGGGAGAGGACCUCCCGCCAGGGAGAGGCCCAGCUGCAUAAAGAGGGCCUGGAGCCCGGCUUGUCUCUGCCUCUCCAUCCCACACCUGCCCACACUGCCUCCAGGCCUGUUCUAGGAGGGAGGGCCAGAAGAGUUGGGCACUCAGGGGUCUCCUUUCCCAGACUAUCCAGGAGCAGGUACUGGCCUUGGCUGUGGGGAAGGUGGGUGUUGGGAGCAGGUACUGGCCUUGGCUGUGGGGAAGGUGGGUGUUGGGAGCAGGUACUGGCCUUGGCUGUGGGGAAGGUGGGUGUUGGGAGGCACAGGGAGUUGGGGUUGUGUGGCCCUCCCCAAAGAGGCUCUUCUCUUGGGCACAGGCCUACCCAGGGAUCAGCUGGCCUGAAAGGGGCAUUGGUCUGGGAUGUGGUGAGUGGCCUGUGGCUGUUCUGAGUGUCACAGAUGCCUCAAUGGACAUGGUUUCAUCUGCACAGAUGCCUGGCCUAAUCCACUCCCCACCCCACCCUCUUACAGCUGGGAUUUCCUCACUAUGACUGCAGAGGACAUGAGGGCACCCAUGAGAGGGAGGAGCAGCCGGAGAGUUGGGCAGCAGCCCCUGGUGCAUCUGGACCAGAGGGAGGGCAUGAAGGAGCCUGGGGGUCCUUUGCAGAGGCAGAGGGACCAGAUUCCCCUGUGAGGGUGUGGGUUGGGGAGGGGUGAGCUGCUGGGAGCCUAGGGGCGCAUGAGGCUGCAGAGUGUGUGGGGGAUGGGAGAUUAGACGGAGUGAGGCACUGGGGAGCUGGGCAAGCUGGGGCCCCCCUCCCGUGCUGGGAAGAGGACUUCAUGCAGCUAGGUGCUGCUGGGGGCUGAGGAGGGUGGGGGCCAAGCGUGCGUGAGGGUUGAGGCUGUGCGGCCCCCACACUCUGAGUGAGGCUGGCCUCUGACUUCUAGGUGACCCCAUGAAGUUGGCUCACCCAGUUGACUCCCUGUGGCUCUCAGGGCCUAGGGUGGGGUUCCCAGAGGUGAGGGAUGGGAGAGGCUUGCAUAGAACCAAGCUUUCCUGGGGAGAGCAGGAGGGGCUGGCUGCACUCCAGGCCACUGGGACCUGGGGUUAGCAGGGGUGAGUGGUCCACGGGAGCAGCACAGCCUGUUGUCCAUCUGCAUGGGGUCUGUCCUUUGCCCCACCUCCCUGUGUACACACCCCAGGGGCAGAGGCAAGGGGGGGCUGUUCCUUCAGUGGAAGGCAGCUGAGCUGCCCUCUGGGGCCCUGGCUCCAGCGCCAGGACUCCUGCCCCAGUGCUCCUCCUGGCCAUGGGUUUAGCUCUAGUCCCCCACCCAGAGUUGAGCUCCCCUUUGAGUCCUCAGGUCCUGCCAACCCACAUCCCCACAUCCCCUGCCGCCCUCCUCUUUCCCACCCCGGGUUGAGCUCUGCUGUGGCCCACAGGUCCCGCCCCCCGCCCCUAUGACCAACAUGAGCUGGAGCUUCCUGACGCGGCUGCUGGAGGAGAUCCACCACCACUCCACGUUCGUGGGCAAGGUGUGGCUCACGGUGCUGGUGGUCUUCCGGAUCGUGCUCACAGCCGUCGGAGGCGAGUCCAUUUACUCGGAUGAGCAGACCAAGUUCACCUGUAACACCAGGCAGCCGGGCUGCGACAAUGUCUGCUAUGACGCCUUCGCGCCCCUGUCCCACGUGCGCUUCUGGGUCUUCCAGAUCGUGGUCAUCUCCACGCCCUCGGUCAUGUACCUGGGCUACGCCGUGCACCGCCUGGCCCGCGCUGCCAAGUACGAGCGCCGCCGUGCCCCGCGCCGCAAGCGCGGGCCCCGCGCGCCCCUACCGCUGCCCCCGUCGUCCCACCCCACCUGGCCCGAGCCCAUCGACCUGGGAGAGGAGGAGCCCAUGCUGAGCCUGGGAGAGGAAGAGGAGGAGCCGGGGGUGGCAGAAGGCCUGGGAGCGGAGGACGAGGUGGAGGAUGCGAGCGCGGCCAAAGGCCUCGGUGCGGACGCCAAGGCGGUGGGGACCCCGAGCCCCAACGGGCCGCAUGACGGGCGGAGGCGUAUCCAGCGCGAGGGCCUGAUGCGCGUGUACGUGGCCCAGCUGGUGGCGCGGGCCGCCUUCGAGGUGGCCUUCCUGGUGGGCCAGUACCUUCUGUACGGCUUUGAGGUGCCGCCUUUCUUCCCGUGCAGCCGCCGGCCCUGCCCGCACGUCGUCGACUGCUUCGUGUCGCGGCCCACGGAGAAGACGGUCUUCCUGCUGGUCAUGUACGUGGUCAGCUGCCUCUGCCUGCUGCUGAACCUCUGCGAGAUGGCGCACCUGGGCCUGGGCAGCGCCAAGGACGCCGUGCGCGCCCGGCGCCCUGCGCCCACCUCUCCCAGCCCCGCACCGCGCCCGCUGCCCUGCCCGCUGCCCACCGCCCCCGCCGGCCUGGCCUACCCGCCCGACUACAGUCUGGUGGUGCGCGCGCGCGCCCACGACCAAGACCCGCCCAGCCCCGCGCUGCGGACCUUGCGGGACGCGCGCGCGCUCGGGGACCGUGACCGCCCGCCCUGCCCCGGCCUCCCCGCGGCCACCCGGGGGCCCCCCAGGGCCGGCGCCUCCGCUUCCGGGUCAGGCAGUGCCACGUCGGGGGGCACGGGCGGGGACCAGGGCCGGCCGGGCGCCAAACCUAGGGCGGGCUCCGAGAAAGGCAGUGCCAGCAGCAGGGAGGGGAAGGCCACCGUCUGGAUCUGAGGCCCCGCCCCAGUACUCGGCCCUCCCUUCACGCCGGCAUCGGCUGGGGACUCUGGGAUGAAGCUGGGUACUGGCCGCGCUGGACACAGAGCAUUACCUGCCGUCUCCUCCUCCUCUUCCCCCCUCCUCCUUCUCCUCGACUGGCCGCCCUCUCCCUUGGGAAGGGCACCCUCUGCUCUGUAGCGCUACCCCUUCCCACCUGAACCCUCUCUCUGUCCGGGAUAAGAGGGGAGGAUGGACCUGGCAACCACAAGAGUCCCCAGUUCUGGUUCGUAAACCCUGAGGAGUGGGCUGGACUGUGGCUGGGGCACUGCCCCCGCCACCACCCCCAUCGGCCCCUACAGAGCCACCUUGAGCCUUCCCCAGAGCCAAUCCUUCCCUCAGAGCUUCUCUGGGACCCAGCCAGCGCCUCAGGACGUCUCUGAACAGAAGGUCCAGCCUCUUCCCUGCUCCCCUGCAGCAGCCCAGAUAUGACUCCCAGAGGUGUCUGGCCUGGGCGUUCGGGGUACAAUGCUGUCCCCACUCCCUGCAGCAGCCAAUGUGGCUCCUUUCCCAGCUACCCGCCUCCCGCCCACAUGCUGCUUCCUGCAGAACAGAAGCAAUUUUGAGUCUUCUUCCUACAGUAGGGGAAACCGAGGCAGCCCAGGGCUGCGCCUCCUUCCUCCUUGGCCCUCUGGGCACCAGCUCAUAAGCUGCCGGUCCUCCUCCCCCGAGUGUGGGGCGGGCCUGCAUCCUGCCCCGGGUCCCUGCCCAGACAGGUGGGGGCCACGCCCCCUAGAGCUUCAUGGCUGUCUGGCUGGGGCCUUCCACUGGGAGGUCAGCCUGCCUUGCUACUGAGACCAACAGGGUGGUGGCCAAGAUCUGCGGCUUUGGCCGUGUUGGGGGAAGGGGCUUAGGGCCUCCUGCCCAGGGCCUCCCAGCCCUGCAGCCCCUUCCUAAUUCAGACACAGCCUCCCAAAUAAAAAUCUAACUUUUGUUUA